AUGUCGUCUGAGGCUCCACGUAUAGUUCUACCGCAGACAGUCCAAACUCCCACAGUAGAAGAACUAAAGCCAUUCCCAUUACCCAAACAACUAGAUUCACUACCUAAGAAAACAUUUGAUGAAUUCGUCAAUGAUAAAGUGCUAAUUCAAGGCUACAUCCACCAGCUUGAAACAUACAAGCUGGAACUAAAUGAACUACAGGAACGUGCAGCUCAGAUAUCACUACUACUCCAGUCAGAGAUCAAGAACAUUUUAAUUCCGCAGUACCAAGAAGUAUCAAACAAUAUCAACCAGCGAAUCAAAACUUUAACACAACUUCAUAAUGAGUUUUUGAACUUAGAGACUAUUCAGUACCAAACGAUGUCAUCUACUUUUAACGAAGAGCUUCUAAAGCACAAGUUCAAGAAGUUGAUUGAAAAGAAUAAUGAAGAGAGUAGAGAUUUAGUAAAAAAUUUCAAUUCAAGUGAGUUUACUGAAGAUCAACUUGCUGAUACGUUGGAACAGUUUAAACAGAGUAGAAAGACCUAUCAUUUUAGGAAAGAGAAACUUAAUCGCUGGGAGGAACAGAGAGUUAGUGGAUGA